UCUGUGCUUAUUCAGAAAUCCCAACUUCAUUUCUCCCUGAAAAAGAAACGCCCUUUAGCCUCCAAUGGCUUCACUCCCUCUGUUACCCAAACCCAUAUCCCCAUUCCUCAAAACGCCGCCAUUUUCAACCAAACCGUUCGUCUUCUUCAACCUUCAGACCCUAAAACCAAAACCUUUAGAUGUCUCUGUCAAUGCCAAGAAGAACCCGUGGUUGGACCCGUUUGAUGAUGGCGAGGACCCGAAUAUGGAGUACGGCUCCUUGUUUGCCGACGGGAAACAAGAAGAGGAUCCAAGACCGCCGGAUAACCCAGAUAACCCUUACGGGUUCUUGAAGUUUCCACAGGGUUAUACCGUCGAGAUUGCUUCGUUGCCAUUGAAGAUCAGAGGAGAUGUUAGACGCUGUUGCUGCGUAAUCUCCGGUGGCGUGUACGAGAACUUGCUGUUUUUCCCCACAAUCCAGUUGAUCAAGGACAGGUAUCCGGGAGUUCAGAUUGAUAUAUUGGCGUCUGAUAGAGGAAAACAGACAUACGAGUUGAACAAGAACGUGAGGUGGGCAAAUGUGUAUGACCCAGAUGAUGAAUGGCCUGAGCCCGCUGAAUACACCGACAUGAUCGGACUUCUCAAAAACAGGUACUAUGACAUGGUUCUUUCGACCAAGCUGGCGGGGUUAGGCCAUGCAUCGUUCUUGUUCAUGACGACAGCUCGUGACAGGGUCAGUUACAUUUACCCGAAUGUGAACUCUGCAGGGGCCGGACUGCUAUUGUCCAAGACGUUUACUCCAGAAAGCAUGAACCUUUCAGAAGGAGGCUAUAGCAUGUACCAUCAGAUGGUGGAUUGGCUAGGACGACCAUUCAGAAGCGUUCCAAGGACACCGGUCCAGCCACUAAGGGUAUCAAUCUCGAGAAAGGUCAAGGAGGUUGUAGCUGAGAAAUAUCGAAAAGCUGGAGCAGAGACAGGGAAGUAUAUAGUGAUUCAUGGGAUAGAAUCAGAUUCAAAGGCUUCAAUGCAAUCUAGAGGAGAUACAGAUAGUUUGCUUCCUAUCAAAGCAUGGGCUGAAAUAGCUAAGGGUAUCAGGGGAUUCACGCCAGUUUUCGUGAUUCCGCACGAGAAAGAGAGGGAAAAUGUGGAAGAAGAAGUCGGAGACGAUGCAGCUAUAGUGUUCAUCACAACACCUGGCCAGUUGGCUGCUCUGAUCAACGACUCGGCUGGAGUUAUAGCAACAAAUACAGCUGCAAUACAACUAGCAAACGCACGGCAGAAACCCAGCAUCGGGUUAUUCUGUUCGGAAGAGAAGGGGAAACUGUUCGUACCAGAGGCAGAAGAGAAGAAAUGCAUCAUAGUUGCAUCAAAGACAGGAAAGCUAGCAGAUAUUGAUGCAGAGGCUGUUAAAAAUGAAAUGCACAUCUUUGAAGCCUCUCUGGCUCUGGCUUAGCCAGGAGAAAGACCAUCCCCUCAACUGCUAAAACAAUGUAUAAAAAGCUCUCUGUGCAUAAACUAUAGUCACAUACUCAGCUAUAGUUAACACAGCUCCACCAAGAUGUUAUGUAAAGAAACUCAAACACAGGAAACUGAGUUUGAAUGAACUGCCCCAAGUUGGAGCUUCUUUCUCA